AUGGGAAAACGCCACGCCACCGCCCUCGACCGGCGCCUCAAAAAGACGCGCGGCGCCCAGGACGCGCUUCUCGCCAGCGGCGUGUUUGCCGCCGGCAGCCCGCCCGCCGACUGGGAGGACGCCGAGCAGGAAUACGAGCUUGCCCCGCGGUCCUUGAACAUCGACCAAAGCAUCGACACCUUGCCCAUCAAGCGGGCCGGGCGCGUCGAGCGCAUGGCCAGGCCCGCACCGCCACCGGCGCCCGCCGCCGCCGACAUCGGCAGCGAAAACGGCGCCGAAACCGCGCCGCUGCAGCCCGAGCAGCACGGGCUGCCGCCAGCACCCCCCGCCGAGCUCUCUCCGGCGGAGCAGUUGCUCCAGAUCAAGGCGGAAAUCGCGCAGCUCGCGGCCGCGCUCAUGGAGGACCCCGAGGAGCACAUCGACAGCCUCGGCAAGCUCCGGCGGCUCGCGGAGGCGCCCAGCACGGCCACGGCGCAGCUCGCCAUCUUGGCGUUGGUGCCCGUGUUCAAGGCGUUGGCGCCCGGCUACGCGAUCCGCGCGUUGAGCGCGGCCGAGCAGGCGGAGCAGGUCGGGCGCGACGUGGCGCGCUUGCGGCGCUUCGAGCAGAACCUCGUGGUGCACUACCGCGACUACGUCGGGCUCUUGGGGCGGCUUUCGCGCGUGCUGGCGCAGAACUCGCAGAACCGCGCGGCGGUGCUGCCGGCGCAGGUGCGGCUCGGCGAGCUUGCGGCCAAGGCCGCGUGCGAGCUCUGCGUGCUGGCGUUGCGCCACUUCAACUACCGCGACGAGUUGCUCACCAUCGUGAUCCGCAGGCUCAACCGCAGGCCCGCGGGUGGCGCGGACCUCGAGGUGUUCACGCGCUGCGUGCGGGCGUUGGAGACGGUGUUGGCCGAGGACCGCCACCACGGCAGCCUCUCGCACGACGUGGCGCGCAUCAUGGGCAAGGUGCUCCGCGACAAGAAGUUCCGCGUGGACGAGGCCGUGGUCAACGUGUUCUUGAGCUUGGCGCUCUUGGACGACUACGACCCCGCGCCGCCGCCGCUGCUGCUGCUGCUGGCCGCGGGCCGCGUGCACAAGAAGGCCCGCGUGCACCUCCUGAAGAAGCAGCGCAAGGUGCGCAAGGAGUUGAAGGACAUCGACGAAGAGAUGCGCCGCGCGGAGCAGGCCGUGACCGCGGACGAGCGCCGUCGCUUCCAGGCCCAGACCUUGGCGCUGGUGCUCACGCUCUACCUCCAGAUCUUGAAGGCCGGUGCGCUGGAGCCCGACGCGGCCGCGCCCGUGCGCCUGUUGACCGCGGCCGUGAUGGAGGGCUUGGCGCGCUUCGGCCUGAUGGCCAACUUCGACUUGCUCGGCGAUUUCCUCGAAGUGCUCAAGGAGACCAUGGCCAGCUUGGUGCACGAGCGCACGUUGCAGACACAGCUCUAUGGCAUAGCCUCGGACGCGGGCCUGGAGGGCGGCGUGUACCUGGCGCCGGACGUGCGCAAGGUGCUCCUCUGCGUGACCGCCGCGUUCUCGCUCCUCCUCAACCACGCGGAGGUGGGCCGCUUGCCAAUCUCCUUCGACUUGCUGCUGUUCGUGCACACCUUGUACGCGGUGGUGGCCGACGUGUGCGUGAGCCCGGACUUGGAGUUCUCCCACCGCCUGUUGCGCUUGGCCGACCCGCUCGCCGAGGCCGCGCAAAAGCCCGCCGUCAACGUGUCCACCAACGCCGAGCUUCUCUUGAAGAGUCUCGACAUGGUCUUCUUCCGCUCGCGCAACGGCAGCGUGGCCCGCGCCCGGCCCUUCACCAAGCGGCUCUACGUGGCCGCGCUCCACGCGCCGGAGAAGACCACCGUCGCGGCCUUGAAGUUCGUCGCCAAGCUCGUCAACAAAUACGGCGACGGGCUCAACAGCCUCUGGUCCACGGAGGAGAACAUCUCGGGCGAGGGCAGCUACAUCUUGGGCUACGAGAAGACGGGCUACGAGGUCGACUUGGAGCGCACCAACGUGGGCUCCGCGGUCUUGUGGGAGAACGUGCUUCUCGACCGCCACUACAGCGCGGUCAUCAAGGACGGCUCGCGCAGCUUGAUGAAAAACAGCAAGGACACGGGCGCGCGCCGCUAG